GGCGCGCGGACGCCAUUUUGAAUUAUUGUUUUUAAUCCACAGACCAAUAUUAUAAUUUUGUAAUCUGUGAAAUGUGUGUCAAUGAAGUAAUUAAUUAAUUUUUUUAUUCUAUCUCUGCAUGAAUUUGGAUUGAGAAAAAAAUACAAUGGCGCAUUCACGAGGCAAUUUGGUCACAGCCUUGAUUUUAUUCACAUUACAAAUUGCUACGCCGGCUAAAAAUAAUGCCAGACCUGUCUACGAAGUAAUACAUGAACAAGCCCGAAUGGAUGACAUACGAUUGUCUAGCGCCCCUGAUACUCUUCCUUAUGGCAAUCCAUUAGCUGGUAAUUCUGCGCAAAACGCAAGACUACAUGCUAGCAACCAGCAAGCCAUGUUCAACGCAGAAAGAAUACGGCAACAUAAAGCACAACUUCAAAGACUAACUCAAGGUCCACCACUAAUAGAUAGCUAUAUGAAAGCUUAUCAUGAAUCACAAGAAAGUCAUCAACAAGCCUUAGAAGAACAACAAGCUACAGUACAAGACGUAGAAACAACAACCCCAGCAAUAAGCCAUCAAAUUAGAAAUAGGCCUAUACAAAAUAGGCAAAGAACGAGGAAUCGUGAUAGAAGUGGAAUUCAGAAACAAGAAUUUAAAAGCAGGACAAUAAGCGUAGAGCCAGAAAAACGAACUAGGGGUGUUAAUGAGAGAAGUAGAAACCAUAGAUCAUAUGGCUCUGUAGAAUAUGAACAAUACUUACAAUCAAAACUUCCACUAGCUUAUUUAACAGCAACCGGUUCGGAUCAAGGUGUAACUAUAAAAUCAAAUGGGAAUGCUGGCAUAACAAAAGAACAAAAUAAAGAAUCGAGUAACCUUUAUACAACAGCUAUUUCUAGCUCAAGUAAAUAUCUUCCAAAAGCCUAUCAUCCUGUAAAAGAAAUAAAUGCACUAGAGUCGAUACUUAGAAAAGAACCUAGCGAUCAAUUAACUGAAUUUCAAACUUUGCUUAAUGCAGACCAAACUCUAGAUAACUUUCAAUAUCCAUUAAAAGAUCCUUCUGAGCACCAAAAUCCAAAAAGUUACAAUGGUGCAUUUGAACAGAUUCCAAGCACAUAUGCAAGUGCUUAUAGUGUAAGAGAUCAUACUCCUAUUACAGAAGAAAUUGAUGACAUUGAAAACCCUAAGCCAUACCAAAAUACCUUUGUGAUACCUCAAGUAACUACUGUAGCACCUCUAUCAAUGGUCACUAACAGUUAUUACAAAAUAGAAGUAGCUAGUCAAACUAUUGGUAGCGCUAUAAACCCCAACAAGAUCAAUGAAGGAUUAACUCUUAAUCAAGAAGAUAGUAUUCAUGAAAAUAUUGGUGAAAGUUAUAUUAAUUACCCUGACGGUAUUCAACAUUUAGCGGAAGAUGGUACCGGUGUAUCAGCAUAUGGCGAUGAAAAUUUACAAUACGCAGCGAACUACGAGUUUGGUUAUAGGGUAAGAGACCCAGCAAGUGGCAAUUAUUUCGGCCAAUACGAAGCAAAGGCAGGCGAGAAAACCAGUGGGCAUUAUCAUGUAUUGCUUCCCGAUGGAAGAAUGCAAAAUGUGCAGUACUCCGCGGGACCCAGCGGAUACCACGCAGACAUAAGUUACGAUCACUUGGCAAGCUAAGUCACGGGAUUUUUUUCUACUUAAUAUUAAUUUGACUCAAACAACAAGUCAUUGUCUAGUCGUGAGAAAUCGCAUAGAUAUUCGUCAGAGGUGCAGAUAAACGUCAUUGAUAAAGGAAAGGACGUAAGGGAGAUAAAAAUCAAACGCAAUACAACACUUUAUUUAUUUAGGCUUAUAUCUAGAACAAUAUUUAUUUUUAAAUAAAAUGCAAUAUAUACAUAUUAUAAUAGUGACAAAAUUACACCAAAAUAAGGACGUUAAGUUUCUUUUUCAUAGUUAAUCUUCUUUAUUAUUUAAAACUAAUUCUAAACGAACUACACCACAAAAAUGGCAACAAACCUUAGACGCCAAAAUAUAUAUGCGCCAAAGUUUCCCGCCAAAUGAGAAAACUGUAGAAAGCUGUCAUUUUAAGGCUGUAUGUAUAUUGACAAAUUCGUGCAUACAUGAAAUUAUUGUUAGUAUUGCCAAUAUUAGUAUGUUUCUUCAUUGGCAAUGUCAUAUUAUGAUCAUAUAAUGUAUUAUAUUUCUUGUCGUCUCAAAUUUAUUUGAACUCUAAAAUUCUUCAUAUCUGUAUUUUGCCCUUUUGGAAGUGGUGGAUCAACGCUUUGUGGGAUUGUUUUAACUGGGCUUUGACUAACAAAACUUUUUCAUUAAUAUACUAGUAUUCCUUUUUGAAAUCUAAAAAUUAUCUUACGGAUAUGGAUGAUAACAGUCAAACUGUCAAUGUGGUAAAGGCCUUAUAAAAUCUAAUUUUCGAAGACUGACAUUAUCUUGCUUCCCGUAUUACAUAAACACGAAGUAAUAAUAACUAUACUCUGCUUAAAAGUUACUUGUCAAAAGCGAAAGUUUUUGGCUGUCAUAAUGAUGCAAUGGUGAAUAGGUCAUAAGCAUCUUUGAUUAUAAUACAAUGUAGAAGUACCAUUACAAUAAACUUUUUUAGGUUAAGUAUAUAUACCUAUUUAAGUCAUAUAACACAGCAUUGAGUGUGGCGGUUAUUUGUCUAUAUUUAUUUAACACACUAAUUUUUAUAGUAGCGUUAAAUUGACACACACAAAGUAACACCUUAUACAUGAGAAGGACCAUACAUAAAUAUCAUUUCACUCGGUUUGUAUUGUUUAUUACAACUCGUCUUUCACAGGCCGUAGGUAAUAAUAAAAUGUUUGAUUGAUUGACAAAUAAAAUGUUAUUAUAUGUAAUCUAUUAGUUCUAAUGUAAGUUAUUAAAUUAAGAUUAUGAUUUUAAGGUAUCACUUAACUAUAUAAAGUUAUGAGUACUUUAAUUAUUGGGUGUGUGCAAUAUUUGUAUGUGAUGAAAUUACUUGUGCAGUAAAUUAUAAUAUAGUAUGAAAUUUAUGUAA